AAAAAGGGCAGGGAACCCGGAAGUAAACAUUACCGGAUCGCUUCGUUCGUGGCGGAUGGUUUUGGUGUGCUCUGGGCCGGACUGGAGGAAGCCAGUUCAUCAUGUCGGCAGCAGCCGUAGAUACAGUUAAUGCCACGCCCCUUUCGGGGUCAAAGGAGAUGAGUUUGGAGGAGCCAAAGAAGAUGACCAGAGAAGACUGGAGGAAAAAGAAGGAGCUAGAAGAGCAGAGAAAACUGGGCAAUGCUCCAGCAGAAGUUGACGAAGAGGGAAAAGAUAUCAACCCUCAUAUUCCUCAGUACAUCUCUUCGGUUCCAUGGUACAUUGAUCCAUCAAAAAGGCCCACAUUAAAGCAUCAGAGACCACAGCCAGAGAAACAGAAGCAGUUCAGUUCCUCUGGGGAAUGGUAUAAGAGAGGUGUAAAGGAGAAUUCUAUAACUACCAAGUACCGCAAAGGGGCAUGUGAAAAUUGUGGGGCCAUGACACACAAGAAGAAAGACUGCUUUGAGAGGCCGAGGCGGGUUGGAGCAAAGUUCACAGGCACUAACAUCGCCCCAGAUGAGCACAUCCAGCCCCAGCUGAUGUUUGACUAUGAUGGGAAGAGGGACCGCUGGAACGGCUACAAUCCGGAAGAGCACAUGAAAAUCGUUGAGGAAUAUGCCAAAGUUGACCUGGCAAAACGAACGUUGAAAGCUCAGAAACUGCAAGAAGAGUUAGCAUCUGGAAAAUUAAUGGAACAAGCUAAUUCUCCAAAACAUCAGUGGGGAGAAGAGGAACCCAAUUCUCAGAUGGAAAAGGAUCAUAACAGUGAGGACGAGGAUGAAGACAAAUAUGCAGAUGAUAUUGACAUGCCCGGGCAGAAUUUCGACUCUAAGAGACGCAUUACUGUUCGGAAUCUCAGGAUUCGUGAAGAUAUUGCAAAAUAUUUGAGAAAUUUAGAUCCAAAUUCUGCCUAUUAUGAUCCAAAAACUAGAGCGAUGAGAGAGAAUCCCUAUGCCAAUGCAGGAAAAAAUCCAGAUGAAGUGAGUUACGCUGGAGAUAACUUUGUUAGAUACACUGGAGACACCAUUUCAAUGGCUCAAACACAAUUGUUUGCUUGGGAAGCCUACGACAAGGGAUCUGAAGUACAUCUCCAGGCAGAUCCUACAAAACUAGAGCUGCUUUAUAAGUCCUUCAAGGUCAAAAAGGAAGACUUCAAGGAGCAGCAGAAAGAAAGCAUCCUGGAAAAGUAUGGCGGCCAAGAACACUUGGAUGCUCCUCCAGCUGAGCUGCUGCUGGCCCAGACAGAAGACUAUGUGGAGUACUCCAGGCAUGGAACGGUCAUUAAAGGCCAGGAGCGGGCUGUUGCCUGCUCCAAGUAUGAGGAAGACGUGAAGAUCAAUAACCACACGCACAUCUGGGGAUCUUACUGGAAGGACGGCCGGUGGGGGUACAAAUGUUGUCACUCGUUUUUCAAGUACUCCUAUUGCACGGGAGAAGCGGGGAAGGAGAGUGUUAAUUCAGAGGAGUGUAUUAUAAGUGACACAGCUGGAGAAGAACCUGCAAAGAAACCACAGACCCUCAUGGAGCUGCAUCAGGAAAAACUGAAAGAGGAGAAGAAGAAGAAAAAGAAGAAGAAGAAACACCGAAAGAGCAGCUCUGACAGUGACGACGAGGACAGGAAGCAAGAGAAACUGAAAAAGGCACUGAACGCAGAGGAGGCCCGCCUUCUUCAUGUCAAGGAGAUCAUGCAGAUUGAUGAGCGGAAGCGGCCAUACAACAGCAUAUAUGAAACCCGGGAGCCCACUGAAGAGGAAAUGGAGGCCUACAGAAUGAAACGGCAGAGGCCAGACGACCCCAUGGCCUCUUUCCUGGGACAGUAGUAACUAGUCAGGAUGGAAUGCAUACACAGCAUGUUCAUUCCAGCUCCUUCCUGACUCUCGAUAGAAAGUCCUUGUCCUUCCUUUCUGCUGUCUGACAUUAAUAAAGCUUUCCGAGGUCUCAGAAUCAUUCUCCACAGUCAAGAAACAAAGCGAGCAAGAAAGAGCAUACAGUUGUGGGUUAGGGUUAAACACCAUCCACUCUAAUUAGAUUAGGAAAGAGACUUUGGCUGUCUUCCUCGCCAGAGUGUCCUUGAGAGCCUGGCACAGUGGCUCAAGCCUGUGAUGUCAGCACCUGAGAGUGGCGGAGUCAGGGAGCAAGAGUUCAAGGUCAGCCGAGUAUGGUGGUACACACCUGUAAUCCUAGCAGGAGGUGUGCCAGAGCCACCCCCAGCUACAGAGCAAGCUUGAGACCAGCCUACACAUGUGAGACUUUGUCCCAAUGAGUAAGAGUUUGAAGCUGUGCUAGGCUGCAAAGCAAGUUGGUCUCAAAUUUAAGAAAAAAUAGAAGUCACCUGUUCCAUACUUAGGUCUCAAGCUGUGUGCAGUCUCUGGUCUUCUAUACAGCAGCAGCAUGGUGGAGGCAGGGCCUCACCCUACAGCCAGAGCUCCUCAGCUCCUCUCCUCCAGUAGUGACGUCACUAGUAAUUUAACUCAAUAAUUUCAGUUUUUUAUAACAUUCUAUUCAUUUUAAUGCCUUUUAGGAUUUUCUUGGUUUCAAACAACAACAACAAAUAUUCCGCCUUCGUCUGCAGCACCAGAAGGAAAUCUAUAAGGCAUGUAAAUAUCUGUGUCCCCCAUAAUCUGAAUAAUAAAUCUAUUUUUCACUUGGUUGUUAAAUUUUGGGUUUUCGUGCAUUUCCUUGUACCUAAAAUGCUUAGCGUUUGAAUGGUCAGCAUUGACUACUUCACACCUGCCUCACUGAACAUGAAUUUCUUUUAGACAUAAAACGCCCUUCUUUUAUGAUAGAAGACAUUGUUCUUACUACUGUAUGUCAUCUAAUUCUGGUCCUCGUAAGAGUUACAAAAUAUCUUAGGCAUCUAAUUAGAGUCUACAUGCCCAGCAGGCGUCACUUGAUGUAAUUUGAAGAGCAGAAAAACUGAACUGAAGGUUCUUAAAGAUGACUUAAGGUUAGCUUCCUGGCAUAUUCAUAGCUGAUACUGCUGUGAUCCUUAGCCUUCCUCACCUAAACCCAUGGCAGAGACAGUGCUGACGCCAUACGAUUGUGAGAACACGAUCUGAGUACACUGACUCAACAAAUGUGUUCCAAACUGACUUCUAGGAUACUGUGUCGAGUCAACAUCUUAGACUUGACAGAAGAAAGGCCACUGAGCCAAAUUCCCAAAUACCUGGCUACACAUGGCGUCAGUAUUCAGACGGAGACUAAACUAUAGUGCAGGCUUGGGAAAUUCAGUCAGAGAAGAGCUUGCCUUGCAAGCCUGAGGAUGUGAAUUCGAACUCCAGGGCUCACAUAAAAGAGUGAAAGAAAGCAGGCCGGCCAGAUACAGGGGUGCUCCUUGUAAUAUCUGCCCUGGAGAGGCAGACAGACAGAUGGCCAGACAGCCCAGCCAAAUCUGCAAGUACCAGGCCAGUGAGCAGCACCCGAGGAACUAGCUGUUUUCUGAGCUCUACACACGCCAUGCUCAUGUACCUACACAAGCACACAACAGUAUAUUGCAAAUAGAUCUCAAGGCCAAAACUGCUCUAUCCCUACCUCAACAUAGGUAGUUUACCACGAAGUAGGUCGUUGGUGUC